CGUUUUAGUUUAGCCAAUGACAUCCCCGCCUCUCGGCGUCUAAUGGCCGGACAACAACAAUCCUCAUCUGGAAGUGAACUUGCCCAAACUUCCCAGGGGACAAAAGAAAGUUAGCAGUGAUAGAAAGUUACAAAGUUCGAUUUCUUCAACUUUUAAUCACCAAUGCGGAGCCGCUGAUGGAUCCGCGAUACGACAUCCCGCGGAGGGUCGGCGUCGGCGGCGGGAGCUCCUCCAACUCGUCGCCCGCUCUGGGGGCUCAGUCGCGCCGCAGGAAGAUGCCGCCCAGGCCCGCUGACUUCAAACUUCAAAUUAUUAUUAUCGGCUCACGGGGUGUUGGUAAAACCAGCAUAAUGGAGCGAUACACGGACGACACUUUCUCCGAGGCCUGCAAAUCCACCGUAGGAGUGGAUUUUAAAAUCAAAACGGUGGAGCUGAGGGGGAAAAAGAUCCGACUGCAGAUCUGGGACACAGCGGGCCAGGAGCGUUUCAACAGCAUCACGUCGGCGUACUACCGUGGCGCCAAGGGGAUCGUGCUGGUCUACGACAUAACCAAGCAGGAGACCUUUGACGACCUUCCCAAAUGGAUGAAGAUGGUCGACAAGUAUGCCUCCGAAGAGGCAGAGCUCCUCCUCGUGGGUAACAAGAUGGACUGCGAGGGCGAUCGCGUCAUCUCCAGACAACAAGGCGAGAGGUUUUCCUCUCGGAUAAGUGGCAUGCGUUUCUGCGAGACAAGCGCCAAAGACAACUGCAACGUGGAUGAGAUCUUCCUCAAGCUUGUGGAAGACAUUCUCAGCAAGAUGCCGCUGGAGGUUCCCAAUAAGGAGCUCUCCGGCAGCGUGCUGUCUCUGCAGCCUGAACCUGAAGUGCCUCCAGAGCUGCCCCCACCUCGUGUACGCUGUUGCUGAACCAACCAUCACCCAAAACCUUACUCAAUACGCACCAAACAAUUGACAACCUUCUGCUCACACGUGCAAUGUACCAAACUGACCACGAGGAGGCAGCAGCGAUUUGGACGUCGCAACUGUACCCCCCCACCCACAUUUUGCCAUCCUCAUCUGGACUACCUCACUAGUUGUGUACCCACACACGCACACACAUACGUGCCUUUGAGGUAGAGCACCCCCUCUUUCCUAGAGUUUAACUGCUACUGUUAAAAAGCACACUUUUUUUUGUUUUUUAAUGCUGCCAUGAAGAUAAGUUGCAUGUAGGUUGUUACUCAUCAGUAUUACGUAUACAUAUUGUGUUUAACAUGCAAGGAGUUGACAGUAAUGAUAAAAAUUGAGGAUUUUCGCACAUGGACAAACGGUUUUCUGCAGUGACGUAACAAGUGCGCUGAAUAUGUUGACUCCAUCAUGAUUGCACUUAAAAAAGAAAGGUCUGCAUCUUCUGUUUAAAUUUCUUUGAACAUGUUAGCCCUUUCAACAUGGUAUUCCUUUGGAUUUGGUUUUAUGUUAAAUGACUACAAGCGUACUGAAAAUCAGGCCAAAGCGGAGCGUUUUCCCUGCUCAAAAUGCAAGCCUUCUAUGUUGGAUUAUCUUAUGAUUUUUGUGUCAAAUGCAGUUUUUCUUCCCUGAGAUCAGGCCAUGUGUUAAACCCAUUCAAUAUUUGGAAUCACACCCUCAAGUCAACACACAACGCUGUAAGAACACUUGCUGAUUUAUUUUCCCUUGUGUGGGAUUUCCUUGUUUGAAAAACAGACAUGUGCGUAACCCCCGUGUAAGUUCAGAUAUCCAGCUUGCUAAAAAUGAUCUAUUUCCACUUUUUAUCAGUUGCCUUUGACAACGCUUACAAACAUGAGGACCCAUUUUUGUAGAUCAUCUUUUGCCACUAACCUAACUCUUAUCAUUUCUCUCUAUCAAAUAUUUGAGAUUUCCGAGAGGUUGGGACUUCUUUUUGCAAUUUGGAUUUGUUGCUAUUUAUAACUAUUGUGGCAUUGUUGGACUAAUGAAAUUAAAGAUGUCUAUAUUUAUUACUGAA